AUAGACAGAAACAGUUAAGCGGCAAUCAGAAACUGAGACAAUUGAGCACCCUGUCUCUGAAAACAACUGGUGCUGCAGCAAAUUGUAAAAUUGGUUAAGGGAUCUCGCGUAAAGCCUGCGGAGAACUAUGACUACCUUCGAAGAAGCUGCUACCGUUGUUGGAAAUGGAAGAUUUCACCACUACCUUCUAUUCGCCACCGGCUUUUCCCUAUUGGGUGUCUUCACCGAAGCUCUGAACAUGGCAUUCGUUUUACCUUCAGCCAAGUGUGAUAUUGAAAUGACAACCACCGAACAUGGACUUAUCAAUGCGAUUGGUUUCAUUGGUGUGGUACUGACGUCCCACUUUUGGGGCUUCAUGGCCGACACUUGGGGUCGACUUAAGGUCAUACAAUUUUCCUUGUUUUCGGGUGUUGUAUUUUCCAUCAUUUCCAGCUUUUCCGUAACGAGUAUGAUGUUACUCUUUACACGAUUGUUGGUGGGAAUGUGCACAUCCGGUGCCCAGGCAGCCUCCAUAUCAUAUCUGUCCGAAUUUCACUCGAACGCAAGCCGAGCUCGUGCACUUACGUUGGCAACAAUGUUCAUGCCGGUGUCUCUUCUUUAUCAAUGCCUUGUCGGAUGGGCCAUCAUGACUAUGGAAUUCCGGUACAGUAUGUUCGGGUUCAUUUACACCCCGUGGAGGUUAUACUUGUUUGUGACGAGUCUCAUCAAUGUGCUGGCAUUCGUUAUGCUUCUAUAUCCACCGGAAAGCCCUAAAUUUGUGUUGGCAAUGGGAAAACCGAAAGAAGCAGUCGAGAUUCUGAGCAGAGUUUUUCAAGCCAAUGGAUUUGGAAAGAAAGAGGACUAUCCAAUCAAAGAGAUUUCUCCCGAGUGUCUGGGAUCAAAUUUGGCUAACUGUUGUGGCGUACGGGAUGUACUGAAAAUGAUUUGGAAACAAACAUGGCCGUUAUUUGUUCCACCAUACUUAGGAAACAUGUUGAUGCUCUGUUACUUGUCCUUUGGAUUGUACGGUGUUGCUCAUGGAACAUUCAUGUGGUAUCCCCAAAUGUUGACGUUGUAUUACGAGAAUAUGAACUUACCGAUAACAAUGUGCGAAGCAAUUCAUUUGGGUUUGACGAGGAAUUUAACCGCAAAUAUUGGUGCAGACGGAUCGGAAAUUUGUAAAAUUGACACGAAUCCUUUGACAUAUCAAAUUAGCAUGAUUUUUGGCUUGACAUUCUUGGUUCUGUACAGUUUGGUGGCAUGGAAUGUAAAACGGAUCCAGACGAAAAUAUUGUUCACUGCAUGGUUGUUGCUGUCGUUCGUUGCGACAAUAGGAAACAUUUUCGGAAACGAGUUUCAUUUGAAUACUUUCCUUAUGGUAAUUGCGUUGACCUGUGGCAACUGUGGCAGCAUCCUAUUGGCAGUAGCAUCGGAUUUAUUUCCGACACAUUACAAAGGCAUGGCCCUAUGUUUAAUAAUGAUGUUUGGGCGGAUGGGAGCAGCAGCAGGCGGUAAUAUCAUCGGAGCUCUUUUAUUCACACAAUGCAAUGCAAUCUUUUACAUCAGUGCAUCCGUUUUACUAGUCGCUACGGGGAUAAGUUAUGUAGUCAUGAAGAAAAUAGAUGAAGCCAUGGCCAAAUAAUUUAAUUCAUUUUUAGUGAAAUUGAGCGUAACAUUGCAGUGCAAUAUAUUGAAGCAAUA